AUGCCCCUGUCGUGCGUUCGCUGCAAGGUGGCGCCCAAGUGGCGGAGGGAAGGCUUCGAGUCCUUCUUCGUGAAGCCUGACAAGAAAUCCAAGGAGCUUUUAGCGUUGCCACAAUACAUUCGCGACCUCUUGAGGGACUUGUGGAAGAAUGAGGCCCCCGCCUUAAGGUGUUCCGCCAUUGGUGAAGCCAUGGAAGCCUCAGACGAUUCUCCCAGAUCAUGGACCUUGCGGACCUUAGGUUCUGGCGUGCUGUUGCUACCAUAUGCUUUUAGUUUGGUUGGAGUGCCCAUUGGCAUUUUGACGUUGCUCUUCGGAACCUACUGUCUGGCGACCUCCUUGCGCUUGAUCAUCACCAUUUCGCACAUCACAGGUCGGGAUUCCUAUGCAAAGAGUGCGAUCGUGGUCCUUGGUCCUGUCGCUGGGAGGGCGUUGGCCUGUUUGAUGGUCGGCGAAGCCUUGUGUGGUCAGGCCGCGUUCAUCAAAUUUCUCUCAGAUUUGUGGCCUCGGGUGCUACCUUUUGCUUUCGGAGGUUUCUCCAAGUCUCAAAUGGCUCUGGUGGUGGUCGCCGCAGCCUUCCCUGCGGCUGCCAGCCGCGACAUGUCCGUGUUGCGACAUGUAACCCUCAUUUCCUUCCUCAGUUUGGCCUUCAUGGCAAGUUUAGUGGUCACCAGUGCGGUCAGGGAUCCAGCGGCUCGAGAUCCGGAGCACCUGCACGUGCUGACCUCUGGCCGCAAGGAGACGAUCUGGGAAGUUUUACCACAGACCUGGUCGUUAGUGCUGAGCGCGUUGUAUUGUCAGCACGUUGCCAUUCCUGUUUACAAACAGCUGAACAACUUCAAUAGUCGACGCAUCAAUAAGGUGCUUCUAAGAUCGUGCACAUCGUUGUCCUUGCUGUACGCGUUGGUGGCAACCUGUGGCGUCAUGGCACAUGGAGCAAAGACUCCUGAGAAUAUUCUCUUGGCAUAUCCCAGUAACCACGGAGCAGCAUGGUUGGCCCAACUACUAACAGGAUGCUCUCUGUUGAUUGCUCUCCCCUUGGGGGUUCAACCUGCACGAGAUCAGCUUCCAGAAGUGAUCUAUUCCAUCCAGUGCCUUUGCGGCGCCCUCUUCUUCGGACGGAGCGCAGCCAAGUCCUCCUACGAGCCCAUGGCAAAGCCAGGACCAACCAAACGAGUUCUGCACACUGCAGGGAUUCUGAUGACAGCAGCGAGUCUGGCUGUGAUCUUUCCAUCAGUCACUGCGAUUGUGAGCAUUGCAACUGGCUUUGGUUCCGUGCUAUGGACCUUCAUCAUGCCCAUGGUCAUGAUCUUUAUCUUGAGGCACCGCGCUGGUCGGAAUGCGGAUGCAUCUUCCAUGCUGCCGGAUCUCAGUGAGAGUAGCCUGAAACGAGAGAGGCUCCUAAGCUCUCCCCUGGCCUCGCCUCUGGCCUCACCCUCGUGGUCCCCACGUGGCUCCGAACGCUCCUCGCCCACGCUGUCGCCGCAUCCCUCCUCCGCGCUGCUCAGCGAGGCAGCGAACUUCCAACUCGGGGGCGAUGAGGAGGUUUGCAUGCAGAUCGAAGAACCCGACAGCGGUUGGAAAAGCACGGUGUGUCAUACCGAGCUGCGACCAGAGCGAAAUGGAGAGCGUCAUUCUGGCAGCAGCGUCCGAGAGGCUCCGGGUCAUCAUUGGUCCUUUCACUUCACCAUGGGUAUUCUCAGCUUGUCCAUUGGCUCCGUUCUGGGCUUGACAGCUGCCUACCAAUCCUGCGUCAAAGUGCUUCGUCACGGCUGACAUCGUGACGAGCACUGGCACCUUCUUCCACGUCAUAAUGCUGGUGAUAUCUUUGGAAGCCUUCCAGUACAUUA